AUGAAAACCACCGGAGCUCUGUCUGCUGCUUCUCCACCUACAAGUGGAGACUGGGCACUGUGGCAAAUGGUCGACUCGCUGUAUCCAACGGGAGGCUUUGCGCACUCUCUAGGACUUGAAGCUGCAGCGCAGGAGGGACUUGUGCAGGACGCGGUAUCGCUACGUGCGUUCGUCUCGUCCUCGCUGCAUCAGACGGCCGACUUUGCGCUGCCGCUGGUGUUUUCUUCGCAUCAGAUCGUCGCAUCUGUCACUGACUUCGUCGACUCUGUUCUCCGUCUCAAUAGUCGCGCCACUGCGCUCUAUUCGAACCACGUUGCACGCAAAGCCUCGUUUGCCCAGGGCUCAGCUCUGCUGAGACUGGCGGUAUCAGCGUAUGCGCCUACUUUUCCACGCAUGGAUUUGCUGCUGGAGAUCCGUAAAGCGGUGAAGAAACAACAGCAAGAGGGUGUUCACCACGCUGUUCUCUUUGGUGUGGUCUGUGCUUUGCUGGAUGUGGACGUCGAGUCGACGCAACGCAUGUAUCUGUACGUGUCCACGCGCGAUGUACUGAGUGCAGCCACGAGAUUGAAUCUCGUUGGACCUUUGGAAGCGGCGAGGCUGCAGUUUGAAGUGACGCCGUUGCUGGAGAAGGUGUUUCUGGACAAGAAGAACCGCGAGGUGGAAGAGUCGUACUCGUCGGCACCGAUAUUGGACCUUGUACAGGCCAUGCACGAUCAGCUCUAUACGCGCAUUUUCAACAGUUGA